AUGGCUGCCCGAGCUCGUGAGAGCCGCGCCCUCGAGCCAGGCCAGGCUUCUUCCUCAUCGCCCAUUGUUAUCCCAUCACCUGCUGCCUCACAUGCCCAGCAGACGGACCACCGCUUCAAUCCCUACGAACAUCCGUCUGCCUUUCUCAAAUCCCAGAGCUAUGACCGUGCCGCACCACCGUCCUUCGCCUCGACCAGCUCCUAUUCGCCGUCGGUGGCCUCUUCGUCAACAGUGAUCGCCCCCCUUUCACUCCACGGUCGGGCCUUUGGCUGGGGUGGCGCUCAUAGAGAGGUCGAUACCUGCCUUGCGCCGUCUGCUCAUAUAUGGGAAGACUUUUACAACGAGUUCAAGGGGGUGCAUGUGGACGAGGACGGAGCUGAGAGCCGUUCAACCCCCACUUCGUCCGAGCCCCAGGCCACGCCACACUCCUGCGAUGAGAUGUUUAGCUCCUUCUCCUUCUUCACCGCCCCAGAGCCAGAAGCUCCGGUCUGCCAACCCGUCUCUGCCACCGACGGCUCUUUUCCAUGCGCCGAGUUCCUCGACAUUCCCCCCAGUGCGACCAGCCAUGAUGCGUCCAUGCUACCAGACUUGGCCGAUAUCGACUUUUCCAAACUUGACUGGCUGCCCGACUUUAUCGUCCCAGAGCCAUUGCCCGGGGCAACUCUUCAAACAAGCGGAGCUUCCACCGGCCAUCGUUCAUCCUCCUCCCCCCUCACGUCAUCUUCAAACGAAUUGUCGUCGGUUAUGCCCGGGCCGGACUGUAUCUCAGAUUCCCACAGAUCAGGCAAUUACGAACAUGAUGGUGUGGUGCAAGGCAUUCUCAGCGCAAAGCUUAACGCGGGUGCACCGAAGGACGAUGAGGAUGGGGGUGCAUGCGUCGAGGGAAAUGCUGUUAAGUCAGGGAAGAAGCAUACGCCCUCGAACGACAAGCGUCUUGACAGCCCGAUCAUGCCCGUUACCGCCCAUCCAGACUCGCCCCACCAGGCCUCUCCCUCUACUCAAGCACGAGAUCACUCAGCUGCAAUGGAAGACUAUCCCGCGCUCAGUCAUGUCAAAGUUUGGGCAACCCCCAAAGAUCGCGAGGUGUUGCGUUUCCAGAAGAAUGUUUUGUCCAUUGCCACAGACUUUUACAUAGGGCUCGCAGCGUUGUUUGUGAGCCCCCCCUUUUUUUUUCUCCUCCGGAACGAGAUCUCUGACUGGCUGAAGGAUGAAACGGACAGAGAUGUGAUCAAGCUUGGCAUGACUCGAGCUAGCAUGAGCCAGGAUAUGUCACUGCAAGAUAUUGUGAAUGAAAUGAAGGAGCUUUGUGGACGCUUGAUGGUCAAAGAGAAUGCGAUUGCAGACUCAAUCGAGUCAUCCAACGAUUUUUUUCCACCAGACAAUACACCCCCUGCUUCAGAACCAGCUAAUGCAGCCAAUGCAGCCAAUGCAGCGAUGCGACCGCCCCCGAUCCCCCGGGCAAUGUCGCCGGGCAAGAAGCGCAAAACCCCCGGCUCUCCAUCUACCCCACAGACACCUCUUCCCCCUUCUAUCCCCGCUACGCCCUCUUCACCUGCCAGGUCCUGCCUCUUCACCGACCCCAACGCCGUAUUGGCUACUCUUCCCGACCCAUCUUCCCUGCCGCAGCCGGGCAAGGUAAUCCACGGCCCAUGGAAGACGGCCGAGGUGGAUCGGCUGCAGGGCUUGGUGCAAAUCUCAAAGAGGGCGGAGGACGGGGCACCCAAGGAGCACGUUGACUGGACAUGGGUGGUGUCCAACUUUGGACCGUCGAGGAAUAGACACCAGGUGUUGAUCAAGGCGGUAGAGCUGGGGCUGCGACAAACAUCGACACAUUACAGUCGGAGAGUCAAGCAGAAGAGUUUCCGCGAUGUGCAGAGCCCAAAGUCAACAAAAGCAGCCAAUCGAGAAUUGCCUCCAGCUUGGCCGCGCCAAAGCCCGACCCUGGCCCCGGUGAUCAUGCCCAGUCCCUACCCAUCGACUGGAUCUCCCCUGUUGGACCCUCAGCGCAGGAGUCCCUCAACACCUGUACCGGCCUUUGCCAGACCAUCGUCUGUUUACCUGGGUUCACCGCAAACACCCAAGGGCGUGCAUCGUCGGCACAAUUCUUCCUCUUCUUCCACUGCCACGCGCACGCCCACGCAUACCCAAAACGGUAUCGGUUCCAGCAUAUAUGCCCAGCCUGUACCACAUAUCUCGCCUGGCGGAUAUGUGUCGCCAGGGAUGAGUCGGCGUCAAACGCACCCAAUGUUCCCUGGUGAUGUGGGGAGCUCAAGAGUGAUGCCGGGGAUCGCACCAUCAGUGGUUUCGCCCACGGCUGGGGAGUUUGGGUAUCGCAUACAGGUGCGGAGCGGUGAGGGGUCUUCUGUGUGA